AUGUUAAAUUAUAUCAUUAGACCUAAUGGUAUACGGCGCGGUUUAGACAAUUAUAAUAAUAAUAUUGUUAUUAUUACUGUUAUACGCGACACCGACACGGAUUUCCUGACGAAUUAUUCAUCGGAGAAACGAGAACAACGAGCCACGAUCAGCGGCGGUUACCGCGGCACUUAUACCACUACAUGCUCGCAACGUACUGGCCGCCCUCGUAUUGUGUACCAGGUAGAUUAUGCCUGGUAACGUGUUUAAGCAAAGGAAAUUAUAAUAAAUUACACCCCGGUAAUAAAAAUGAUUGUUCCCAUUGUUAUGGCAUUUAUCGCGAAUUUUUAACCGACCUACCGCACUCCGUUCUGCUCAUUGGGAGAAGGGUUAUCAAUAUUUCGCUUUAUUGGUUAAUUGUCGACUUGGUGGAAAAUGUACACCUUCAUAAUAAUUUUCGGCGUUAAAUUUUUCAUAAUUAACGAAUUGACAAAAAAAAAUUGGCCAGUUUAACAGUUUUUAAUUUGUAAUUUUAAGAAAAAAUGUUUAACUUUUAUACUUCUACUUACAGGAUUCCCAACAAAUAAAAGAUUUGUUUAAGUCAACGUCUGCUAAAAAAUUCUGCCGAACAACAUUAGGCAUUCUAAACAAGUUUUGUGUGGGUUGUCACAUCCCUAAUGUGCAUGGAGACGUAAGAUAAGAAUUUGAAAAUAUGUGCAGAUGACAUAGUUUUGACAGGUGAAAAUCUAAAAGAAAUUAGCAAUAAGCUUGACAAAUAGAGAAUAGCACUUGAAAAUAUGGAACUAAGGAUAAGUAGAAGUAAAACAGAGUAUACAGAGUAUAAAUUUGGAGGCACUGGACAAGAUAGCUAAAGUAGAUGAGUGGAAUCUCGACGGAAGAUAAGAUGAGGAAUGAAUUCAUAAGAUGUAACUUAAGCGUGUCUUCGAUAUUAUACAAAAUGAGACAAAAUAUACUAAGAUGGAUUAGGAAUAGCAUCCGGAGGGAAGAAUCAGAAGCAAUAAAAACUAUAAUGAAAAUAAACGUAGGAGGAAAUGGAGAAAGAAGAAGACUUUAAAAGAGGUGGUUGGAUUGAGAAUGAUAUGAGAACAGCCAGUAAAUGCGAGGAGGAAGAUCGGAUUGAGUGGAAGUUGAAGAAAUAG